AUGCAGAGUACUGCAGACAACGCGGAGCGUCAAUCCUGCACAGAGAUGUCACACGCAUCCUACCAUCACUAGCAUCAUUUACCAAAAGAGAACUCGAGGGGACAGAUAGCCAACAGAGCCGGAGGAAACACACUUUUUCCUUGAAAUAUUUUGAUAGGAAAUUAUUUCGAUUCUCAUCGGGUCCUAAACAGUGGAUAAGCGGUCAUGUCAAAGAACAUUGAAUUAUUUAUAGGCACGCGAGUCUUUCUGUGUGACAGUAUUGCCCCAAAACAAUUUUGUUAGAUGUGCGUCUUCAACAGCGACUGGCACACGUUGCUUUUUCGGCCAAUGCUUCACUUUGAUGACUACGGAUACUUGCUGAUAGGCUAUGGUUCUCACAUUAUAGCCAAUCUUCAGAGGUGGCUUGAUAUUUUUUGCCAUUUGAUUGGCUUCAUUUAAACCGAUGUGUGUUUGGUGUAUGGAAGAGCAUCCGAAGGACUGACUUUCGAGGCGUCUAAGGCUUUGACUACCUCACCUGGGAGGACUCAUCCUGGCGAACGGUCUCCAUCCUGUACUUGGAUCCUAUAAACCUCCAUGCUGACCACUUCAGAGGAGAGUAUAAGAGGUAGGUUAGCGACCAGGCUACCCAUCGACUGUUUAUGUGAACACAUUGAUCCAGGACAUCCGAGCGAAAAAGGAACCAAAUACUUCUAAUAGAAAACAUCCAAUAACCGGUGUGUGUUGUUGAUUUGCUUUCUGCUCAAGUCAAGAGUGUGAGUGAGACGACCACGACCUCAGGAGGCUGAACAGACCACGGUUGCGGAGUGGGUGCAAAUCCAAAGACGAUGGUCCACUGUGCCGGGUGCGAGAGGCCUAUACUGGACAGGUUUCUCCUCAAUGUUCUGGACAGAGCGUGGCACGUCAAGUGCGUACAGUGCUGCGAGUGUAAAUGCAAUUUAACAGAGAAAUGCUUUUCUCGAGAGGGGAAACUAUAUUGCAAAAACGACUUCUUUAGGAGGUUUGGGACAAAGUGCGCGGGCUGUUCUCAGGGCAUCUCGCCGAACGACUUGGUCCGGAGGGCAAGGAGCAAAGUGUUUCAUCUCAACUGCUUCACCUGCAUGAUGUGUAACAAACAGCUGUCCACGGGAGAGGAGCUCUACAUCAUAGACGAAAAUAAAUUUGUCUGCAAAGAAGAUUAUCUAACCCACAGCAAUGGGAAAGACACAAACCUUCUCUCAGUAACAGCAUGCAGCGACCCAAGUUUAUCACCGGAUUCUCAAGAUCAGUUACAGGACGAUGUGAAGGACUCUGAAAUAGCCAAUCUGUCGGACAAAGAAACGGGUAGUAAUGAGAACGAUGGCGAGAACCUUGGCGGUAAACGACGUGGACCGCGAACCACCAUCAAAGCAAAGCAACUGGAGACCCUAAAAGCGGCAUUCGCUGCCACCCCCAAACCCACGAGACACAUCAGGGAGCAGCUCGCGCAGGAGACGGGGCUGAACAUGAGAGUCAUUCAGGUAUGGUUUCAGAAUAGGCGGUCCAAGGAGCGACGUAUGAAGCAAUUGAGCGCCCUGGGCGCGAGACGGCACGCGUUCUUCCGGAGCCCGAGGAGAAUGAGAACGCUAGUGGACCGGCUGGAACCCGGGGAAUUAAUUCCAAACGGUCCUUUCUCAUACUACGGAGAUUAUCAAAGUGAGUACUACGGUCCAGGAGGGAACUACGACUUCUUUCCUCAGGGGCCUCCGUCGUCGCAGGCACAGACCCCCGUAGACCUCCCCUUCGUGCCCUCCUCAGGCCCAACGGGCACCCCUCUAGGUGGUAUGGACCAUCCCCUGCCCGGGCACCACCCCUCCAGUGAGGUGCAGCGCUAUUCUGACAUCAUGUCCCACCACCCUGGGGACUCGCCCAGCCCAGAGCCAGGCAUCCCGGGGCCCAUGCACAGCAUCUCCUCUGAGGUGUACGGCCCCAGCCCGCCCUUUACCUCACUGUCUCUCAAUGGCAGCGGAUACGGCAACCACCUGUCCCAUGCACCCUCGGAAAUGAACGAGGGCACCGUCUGGUAGCUCAAGAGAGCGGACUGUACCACAGAGAGAUUCAAUAGGGGAGGACAGGAGAGCGGGCAAGGGUAGGGGCAGGGGUAGCGACACCAGUCAAAUAUUUUUUUGUCAAUCAUAUUUAUUUAUUUAUUUAUUUAUUUAAUUUCCCCAUAUGACAUUUUUUUGCAGGGAAAAUAAAUAUGGCGAAAAUCAAAACGUGGACAAUGUGGUUGUAAGCAUUUACCUUGGUAUUGUGUUGAUGUUUCGAUUGCUUCUUUUUUUAAACCCGAAUAAGGACUUGGGCACAUAAAAGACUGUGUGUGACUGUUGACCCUGUGGGCCCCUGGCGACCCCGGGUCCCUGCUCUCCAUGGCUGUGACCCUUCCUGACUCCUGUCAGUGGCCUAGCACAGUGACGCCCCUCCAAACACAUGCCACUGGGAAAACAACCAUUCUGAAAACAAGUAAUAUGUCCCAAAUCCACAAAAACAUCAUUAGCUACUGUCAAAGACUCAACAGCUUUACAGAAAAAGAAGGACGGGUGGUUGGUCUGAACACUAACCUGCGCCGCUGGCAUUAGAAGAAGGCUGAAAGGAAGGGUGGUUGGUCUGAACACUAACCUGCGCCGCUGGCAUUAGAAGAAGGCUGAAAGGCGUCAGACUCUAUUUAUGGCACUAGACGCGUCCCUUGUAUUUAUUCAAAAGCUCCUCAGACCUCUUUGCCUCUCAAGGCUCUGCCAUAUUAACACUUAAACAACCUUUUUGACACUAAAUAUAUUUCUGAAGGCCAGGGGAAAUGCUUUUUUUUCUCUCCAUCCAGACAGUUUUCUUUUUUUUUGGUAAAAAAAAAUCAAACCACCAAAUCUGAAGAAGUUGGCCUUCAAAAGGGAAACAAAAGGCAAAGUUAUAUGGCUUGUGAACCCUUUAUUUAAAUUGAACAGAACUUGAAAUGUUGUUAAAUGAAGUCUACCUUCUAAAAAUCGUUUAAUGGGGGUCUGAAAGGGACUAGAACAGUCAACUGUUUACGUAAUAUAUUUAAUUCAGGAGUUAAAAGUAUCAAACCAUGUUUUAGAAUCUCUUGAUCAAGAUAAAAUGUUCCAAGCAACCAACCAAACUUUUGUAUUGAUUUGAUUUAUAUUGUAUGAAGACAAACACAUUUGCUGGGGUUGUGGUUCACUGUGCUAGUUUGUACAAGAUGUUGUUUACAAAAAAACACACAAAAAACACAAGUAGACAGUUGCCAAAUAAAAAAUAGCACAAAUACUGUAAAAGUGCUUUGCACCAUCAUCUGCAGAAUGUGUUGAGACAAAGUGUAAGUGUUAAAAAAUGCUAAGGAGUAAUUUACUUCUUCAUUUUUUUAGUGUGCUGAAAAACAUUCAUAAAGUUGUUAAUAUAACAUACUUAGACAGGUUUUAUUUUUGUGUCUUCAAAUGAAAUCCAAACCAUUUAAUUGAUGGUCGAAUAUGCAGCUAGCAGCUGCUACUUUCUUUAAAUAUCAAACCCUCAUGGUAUGUCUGUUAUUGUUCUAAUAAACCUAAGCUUAUGUGACCUCCA